CCUUAUUUUGUGUCUUCCAAAACCAAAGUCCUCAUCAUGGAGAAAAGAAGCCGAUUCAAAAAUGAAGGGCUAUUCCAGCAUCCACUCUUCCUUCUCAUGGCUCUAGCCAUGGCCUUCAUUUUGAUGGAUCCCUUUCAGAUUGGUCCAUUAGGGGGUCAUGACUUUAGACCUGUGAAGCACAACAUUGCACCUUAUGAUAAAGUCAUGAAGAAUUGGCCCAGAGACAAUCGGAGCCGGUUGGGGUCAGGGAAGUUGGAGUUUGUGAAUGAAGUAUAUGGUCCUGAGUCUUUGGAGUUCGAUCUUAAUGGUCGAGGACCAUACACAGGGUUGGCAGAUGGACGCAUUGUGAGAUGGAUGGGUGAUAGUGUUGGUUGGGAGACAUUUGCACUUGUUACACCAAAUUGGUCAGAAAAACUCUGUGCUAACGGAAUCCACUCAACGGCAUCGAAGCAAUCAAAGUUAGAACACCAAUGUGGUCGUCCUCUUGGCCUAAGAUUUGAUAGAGAGACUGGAAACUUGUAUGUUGCUGAUGCCUACUAUGGAAUUUUGGUUGUUGGCCCAGAAGGAGGCAUUGCCUCUCCUUUGGCAACUCAUGUUGAAGGGAAGCCCAUCCUCUUCGCCAAUGAUUUAGAUAUCCAUAGGAAUGGUUCCAUCUUCUUCACAGACACUAGCAAGAGAUACAACAGAUUGCACCACUUCUUCAUUUUAUUGGAAGGAGAAGCCAGUGGGAGGCUCUUAAGAUAUGACUCCACUACCAAUACAACUCAUGUUGUGCUUGAUGGUUUGGCGUUUCCCAAUGGAGUACAGUUAUCGAGGGACCAAACCUUUCUCCUUUUCACGGAGACUACCAAUUGCAGACUCAUGAGAUAUUGGCUAGAAGGCCCAAGGACAGGAACUGUGGAUAUUGUUGCUGACUUACCAGGGUUUCCUGAUAAUGUACGAUUAAACGAUAAAGGCCAGUUUUGGGUUGCAAUUGAUUGCUGUCGAACCCCGGCAGAGGAGUUCCUCUCACACCAUCCAUGGAUAAGAAGCAUAUACUUCCGGUUACCCCUAAAACUGAACUUCUUGGCAAGAUUGAUGGGAAUGAAGAUGUACACAGUCAUUUCCCUCUUCUGUGAAAAGGGAGACAGCAUAUUAGAAGUCCUUGAGGAUCAAAAGGGUGAAGUGAUGAAACUAGUUAGUGAAGUUAAAGAAGUAAAUGGGAAGUUAUGGAUUGGUACUGUAGCCCAUAACCACAUUGCCACCCUUCUCUACCCUUAAGCCUCCAUCCAUCAUCCCA